CGUGUUUUCGCACACAAUAAUGUUUCUAACAUCUUUUAAGUGUCGCACCUUUGCUCCUGCCUAUAACCUCUGCAGCUGCCUUCAGUAACCCUGGAUUUUAUUUGAAACCACGCACCUGAUAUGCCUCGUAACGCACACUUCACACCAGAUCACGCUCCCCUCACCCAUCACAAAUCCUUGGAGGCGGAAGAAAAUAGGACUACAGGGCCGUUGUUCUUUCUCAACCCUACAAGAGCUCGCUUUUGUCAUACAGACAUCACACCGGCUCCCACUGGUUUCAAUGACAAGAAGACUCCGGCAAGGUAUACUCAACCUCAAAACGUCGCUUUCGAAUGGACCUCUCGAAACAACAGAAAGGGUCGCCACGCCUUGCGUGUUGAGGACUCAGCCUCGCCAACCACCCCAUCAGGUUUUGUAGCGCCAACUUCGACGUCGAAGCCCCUCCCAAUUCUACGCAAUAUCUGGGGUAUGUUUGUGGAAUAUCCGUAUUGGGACGUCAGCUGGCUGGUCGCUUGGUGGUUUACGUGGGGGAGUAUCGUGUGGGUCAUCAAUGCGUUCUUUGUCUGGUUACCCCUUGUACGACCAGAAAUGGAGUUUUCGACUGAGAUAGCUAUUGGAGGAGGCGUGACCGCCUUUAUUGGUGCCUCGAUGUUCGAGAUCGGGAGCGUACUUCUCAUGAUCGAAGCCUUCAACGAAAAUCGAGCCGGCUGCUUUGGUUGGCAAUUCGAGCGCCUCUUCCUCAGCGGGUCGAAUGGCAGCAAACAAGAUUUGGAUAUCGAGGAAGGCAAGGCUAUCCGGCUUAAACCUGACACAGACCACUGUACACACCAUCAUCCAAACAGGAAGAACUUGGUCGGCAAGGGACGAACAGAGAAGGCAGCUAUUCAGGCGGACUCAGAGACGAUGGACGAGAAUUCGGUAUCUGGGAGUACAGACAGGAGCUGGGUGUGGUUUCCUACCAUGAACGAGCUUCGUACACACUACCUCCGAGAAAUAGGCUUCCUCGCCUGUUUCUCGCAAUUCAUUGGAGCCUCGAUUUUCUGGAUUGCAGGCCUCACAGGCCUUCCGAACAUAAUCCCCAAAGGCGACCAGCCUCUGCUCGACGGAAUAUACUGGGCCCCUCAGGUCGUAGGGGGUACAGGGUUCAUAAUCUCCGGAUUCCUAUUCAUGUUGGAGACGCAAAAGACGUGGUGGAAGCCGGCGUGGGGUGUGCUUGGGUGGUGGAUCGGGUUUUGGAAUCUCAUUGGGGCAUUUGGAUUCACCAUCUGCGGUGCGUUUGGAUACUCAACGAAUAGUGGAAUCGAGUUCGAGUCAGCGCUGGCGACAUUUUGGGGAUCAUGGGCUUUCUUGAUCGCGAGCGUGCUCCAGUACUACGAGAGUCUAGAAAAACACCCAGUGACGACAAUCAAACCUAGAGCCAAUUGAUUAUAAUGUAAUGUCUUGACAUGUAUCUCCUUGAAUUUAGUCAAUCAUAUGCCUUGAAUUGACCUUGCUCGGUUUGAGCGAUCUACUCGAGUUAUACCAGCGUUCGACGACUAAUCAUACCCAUGCAAGAAAGGUUGCUUUUCCGUAUCUACUCAACGUCAUUGGUGACCUUCCUAACAUGCUCGCUGUCUUUGUUCUCCUGUGAUGCAUGGUACUUCUUCCGCAACUUCGUCAACGCCUCGGACAGUCUGCUCGCCUCGAGCCUCUCUGCAAGGAUGAGGCUUGUCAUACCCUGGAUACACUUCCACGCUUGCUCGUACUCCUCCACCUUCGGAUAAUCCGCAAUCUCGCUUAGCCACGUAGACGGUCCAUCGACGUCAGGAUAAAACUCGGUGGACAUAUUAAGCCAGUCCCACUCCGAGCACGGAACUAGGAAUGUAGAUAAGAAUCGCGCGACCUUGGGAUAGAACGUGGUGGGCGCGUUUGAGUCGAGGGGUAAUGGAGAUCGACCAACGCAGAUGUCCAACACAUCAUGAGGUCUGAUGUUGACCGGUUCGGCGGGAACGGGCUGGGUGGCGUCGACGUAGAGGCCGAUGAACCAUAAGGAAGGACAAUGUGUUACAAAAGAGAUGAAUGCGGAGAGCGAUAGCGAUGUUUUUGAUGGGAUAAGGGGUUGAGGGUUUAGCGAGAGUCGGGUCAGAUGAGGCCAUCUGGAAGCCAGCUCGGCAGCUUGUUGAUCGUUCAUCUCGAUAGGGUAAGGAUGCGUUAUUUCGAACUGUGCGAGUUUUUCAAAGCGUAGAAGGGGAAGGAAAUCACGGUACAUGAGUACGGGGAGGCCGUUGAAAGCCUCCUCGUCAUCUGCAUCAUAGUUGAGCUGAAAAAAAUCGAGGGUGAGGGUAUGGAGCGAGGUGCAUGAUUCGGAAAGCAUGUCGAGGAAGUCCUUGACGUAUUUUGGCUGCGGGUGAGAUGCGAUAUGCAGCCACAAUUCUUCCAGGCGAUGUGAUGGUAAGACUGUAGGUGUCAAGAAUGCGGAUGCGUUGCUGAUGGUAUCAGUGGAGAACGCAAGAAUCUCGAGUGAAGGAAAGGCAUUUGGAUCCAACGAAGGGGCUGAAAAAGGGAAUUGUUCCUCUCCGUCAGAGACCACUCGAAGCAGGGAGAGAUUUUGAGUUAUGGCUUUAAGGCUUUUGUGAUGCUGCAACUCUCUCGCCAAGUUGGUCGAAAAAUAUCCAAGUGGGAGAUUUAUAUCCUCUAGUUGUUGAAGGGAGCGGAGAAGCUCGACCAGGUCUGUCUCAUGGCGAGGUAAUGAGCAGUAACUUUUGAUGCGGAGUGACUUCACAUGCGAGGCCCUAUCUCUAACGCUUCGCACCAGCCUGGGGAACGAGGUGGAUGCGAUGAUCAGAUGAAGGUGAACCAAUGUUUCGCUCAUGAAAAGCGCAUCCUGGUCUCGACCUGUGAUGAAGAGUGACCGAAGGUUCUGGAAGAUGGCCUGGGUGGGACGAGUGAUCGCGAUGUCAAAUGCGGCGUGGCGGGAGAGUAUAUAAGAGGAUUCCGGUGGGAAGUUGGUGAAACUUCGUACUCUUCGCGAAUUCGGAAGAAAUCGUGCCCAUUGUUCCGCGGUGGGCUCUGUGAUAAACGACAAAGUUUGGACGGUGUCGGAAGGAUCGCUCCUGGCCACCCGCAUAGGGGCCAAGGAGCUAAACACAUCGGGUUCGGCAACUUUCCAGGUCUCGUCGAGUGCAGGAUCUGUCCAUUGCCUACAAACUCGUGCAUUGCGGGCAUUAGAGCCAGGCUCUAGGCACUGGAAGAUGCCCAUUAGGAUCUCAGGUAUCGAAAGGCCGCGAUGCAUCGUAAGUCUUCAAGGCAGUGGAAAGGUUACUAGGUGAUUUUGGUCUAACACCGUCGCGCAGUUACGCAUGGAUCACCAUCAAAAGUUGU